AUGAACCGUUGCCUUCCAUGCGCACGCUCGCAGGUGUACAAUACGCUGCACAAGGGGUGGGCGGUGCGGUCGUGGGACUUCAUCCCGGCGGGGGCGGUGGUGUGCGAGUACGUGGGCGACGUGCUGCCAUAUGAGCGCGUGGACCACGUGGAGGACGACAUGUAUGUCAUCAGCAUCGACACCGUUCGCACCGCCAAGCUCGGCACGCAGGGCAGAGAUCCCAUGUUUGAGGACUUGGAGCAUGCGCUGGAGGACUUGGAGCAGGCCAAGGACAAGCCGAGUGCCAAAGGCCAUCGUGCAGCAAGAAAGGCGAGCAAGGAGGGUGGGGAGCACGAGGAAGUGCACUACGCCAUCGACGGGCUGCGGCGUGGCAACCGCCCCGAGCUCUCCCACCUCCUCCUCGUCGCCUCGGAGAACAUCCCCCCGCUUACGGAAUUGACGUACGACUACAAUUACGAGGUUGGCAGCGUGAUGGAUGAGCAUGGUGAAGUGAAGCAGCUGAACUGUUGCUGUGGCGCUGUUGACUGCCGGGGUCGGUUGUAUUGA